GUACAGGAAGUGAGAGCCAGCUUUUUGAAAAGAAAUGAAACCUAAGAGAGAACAGAGGGAGGACUGCUAGAGGGAGGACACGUACACAGAGACGAGGACCAUCGCGCUAGUUGAAAGACAUGGCCGCCGCUCAAGCGCACCCCGGCUCGCUGCAGAUGCACCUCACCUGCUCCAUCUGCAUUGAGCCUUUUGUGGAGCCUGUCACCACAGCCUGCGGCCACUCGUUUUGCAAAUCGUGCCUGGAAUGUACCUUUACAUACAACAACGACAACUGCCCCCUGUGCAAGGCGCAUGUGAGUAGGGUCCCGACGGUCAACAUCGUCCUGAGAAGCAUCGUGGAGCAGAUGGGCAAGGCCCUGGAGAAGCCCGCCGAUCUGUGCACCGGGGUCCCCGGCGAGGUGGCCUGUGACGUUUGCACGGAGUGGAAGCUGAAGGCCAAGAAGUCCUGUCUGGUGUGCCUCGCCUCGUAUUGUUCGAAGCACCUGGAGAAGCACUCCUCGACAGAGAGGCUGAAGGGGCACAGGUUGGUGGAACCUGUGGAGAACCUGGAUGAGAGGGCCUGCUUGAAGCACGGGCGGCCCCUGGAGCUGUACAGCAGGAAGAGGGGGGGGUGCAUUUGUGCACUUUGCAUCGAGGAAGGUCAGGAGGAGAUUGUGUCCACUGAAGACGAAUGGGACAAGAAGAAGGCCAAGCUUGAAAACACAAAGACAGAGUUAAACGCGAAAAUUAAGAAGAAAAGAACAUGGAUCGACGAGACCGAUACAUCUCUGAAGAGAUGCAAGGACCAGCUGGAGAGUGAGUGGUGGGAUAUCGACAAUGUGUUCACAGCCGUUGCUGCCAUCGUGGAGGAAGCCCGGGCGGCAGCUCUCAGGCCGGUGGAGUCGAGGAGAGACGAAGUGCUGAAAGAGGCGAAAGGCAUCAAAGAGAAGCUGGAGGCUGAGAUCCACAGCCUCGAGACAACCAUCUCUGAGCUGGACGACUUAUCGGUGCUUGAAGAUCACGUCCUGUUCCUUCAGCGCUACCCAGCUCUCCCGAACCCGGACGACCUCGUGGACUCAAAAGCGGUGGAGCUCGACGCGUCGCUGCUUUUCGGCACCUUGAGGAAAAUCACAACGACCAUGUUGGAACAAAUUCAACAGAAACUCGAGGAGCUGACCUCCACGGAACUUCAGAGAGUUCCAAAGUUCAGAGCGGACGUGAAGCUGGACCCGACCACCGCCCACCGCCGUCUCGUCCUCUCCGGCGACGGGAAGGAAGUGAGGGACGAGGGGGAGGACCGAGAGGUAGCAGACGGCCCGGAGAGGUUCGAUCAGUUCGCCAGCGUCAUGGGGCUCGACCCGUUGUCCCCCGGGAGGUCCUUCUGGGAGGUGGAGGUCGACGGAAAGACAGGGUGGGACCUGGGCGUGGCGAGGGGCGACGCCAACCGCCGGGGGAAGCUCUCGCUGAGCCCGGGCGGCGGCUACUGGGUGAUCGUGCGCUACGACCAGGAGAAGUACGCCGCGAUGACUGCGCCGCCCAUCAGCCUCUCCCUGGCGGGGCACCCCCGGAAGGUGGGCGUUCUAGUGGACGCAGAGGAAGGCCUCGUGUCCUUCUACGACACGGCGGCCGGGUCCCACGUCUACUCGUUCACCGGGUGCUCCUUCGGGGACGGCGUCCUCCUCCCGUAUUUCAGCCCGCACGCCAAACAGGAGGAGAAGAACGAAGAGCCCCUCAUCAUUUCUGUUUCAAAACACACGACUUGUGAGAAUGUGAAAGAGGGGGUGUAGGGUGUGGGUGGUUCUGGCUCCGGACAAAGUACCGCGACCACAGGGUGAAUAGUUUUGACAAUUCAUUUUUAUUUCUUGUAACUCGCGCCGGCGUUCCUCUCGCUCCUCGCACUCCCCCUCGCUCGCUCGCCUCACUAUUUAAAUAGGGAUGGGAGCACACACACACACACGUCAAUUUCUAUCAGCUGAUUGCAAGGUGUUCUCACCUGGCACUGUUCCCUGAGCCACUCCCCCUCUCUCACCCCUGCAGCCGAGCUGAAACCGCGUCCGCUGCCACAGGGGGUUUCUGGGUAAUCCUGCGGUUUGAAGAUUUGUGGAAGAUACAUUUGGGGCACUUCAGGUUAAAGUGUUGACCAGAGCUAAUAAAAUUCCUAAAAUGGAGGUAAAAAAGGUAUAUUUUCUCAUCAGCAGCCCCUUAUUCCCUAUCCCUUAUUUUUAUCCAACCCUCCAAGGGCUUAUAAAUAGAAGACUUAUUUGAAUUUGUAAAAUCAAGAGACAUACAACUGGUUAAGGUUGUGAUGGGGGACACUAGGAGACGCUGGGUGUUAAUACAAUGUAUGUGUUAUUGUGCUGUCAUCUACCUGUUUUAAUAAAAUAUAUAAAA